GCCAUGGUCAUUUUCAACCUAAGCAGUUACAACCCAGGACCCUUCAUUCUGGUGGGGAUCCCAGGCCUGGAGCAAGCCCAUGUGUGGAUUGGGAUUCCCUUCUGUAUCAUCUAUAUUGUGGCUGUUAUGGGAAACUGCAUCCUUCUCUACCUCAUCAUGGUGGAGCAUAGCCUUCACGAACCCAUGUUCUUCUUUCUUUCCAUACUGGCCAUGACUGACCUCAUCACAGCAGGAGUGCCUUAAACACUUAGUAUCUUUUGGCUUGGGGCUCGAGAAAUCACAUUGUCAGGGUGUCUUACACAAAUGUUCUUCCUCCACUAUAGCUUUGUCCUGGACUCAGCGAUCCUGAUGGCCAUGGCAUUUGACCGCUAUGUGGCCAUCUGUUCUCCCUUGAGAUACACCACUAUCUUGACCCCCAAGACCAUCAUCAAGAUUGCUGUGGGCAUCUCAUUUCGAAGCUUCUGCAUCAUCCUGCCAGAUGUAUUCUUGCUCACACGCUUCCCUUUCUGCAGAACACGCAUCAUACCCCACACGUACUGUGAACUUAUCGGAGUUGCCCGGCUGGCCUGUGCUGAUAUCUCCAUCAACAUCUGGUAUGGCUUUUGUGUUCCCAUCAUGACGGUCAUCUCAGAUGUGAUCCUCAUUGCUGUUUCUUAUAUGCUCGUCCUCUGUGCUGUCUUUCGCCUCCCCUCCCAAGAAGCCCACCAGAAGGCCCUGGGCACCUGUGGGUCCCAUGUCUGUGUCAUCCUCAUGUUUUAUACACCUGCCUUCUUCUCCAUUCUUGCCCAUCGCUUUGGACACAAUGUCUCCCUCACCUUCCACAUCAUGUUUGCCAACCUUUACAUUGUCAUCCCACCUGCACUCAACCCCAUUGUUUAUGGAGUAAAGACCAAGCGGAUCAGAGAUAAGGUCAUCAUACUGUUUUCUACCAAAGGUAGAGAAUGA